GCCCUUCUUCUCACCUAGCUGCUUGCUUUCCCGGUUCUAAUUAACGUUCCCACAUUCUCUCCUUUUCUCUCUUAAUUUUCUCGCAAACCAAACAGCCCCAGCGUUCGUAUUUAUAAUUAUUAGCAUAAAUUAAAAAGAAGAAGAAGAAGAAGAAGUGUGUGCAGAAACGAAGGCGUACGAUCGAAAGGAUACUAUUGGAGCCGAGCACCGACAGGAGUACAGCAUGAAUAUUUACGAAGAAACGGAGUUGCGGCUUGGGUUGCCCGGAGGCGGAAGCGGCGGCGGUAACGAAGGCGGAGACGCGGCGAGGAGUGGCAGUGGCAGUGCUUGUGGGAAGAGAGGGUUUGAUGAAGCCCAUGUCGACUUGAAGCUUAACUUGUCGUCGAAUGAGUGCAGGAGGACGUCAGAUCAUUCGACGGAGAAGACGUCCAUGAAGGAGAAGACUGCUGUUCUUCCUCGGUCUAACGAUCCGGCGAAACCUCCGGCUGCCAAGGCUCAAGUAGUGGGAUGGCCGCCGGUGAAGUCGUUCCGGAAGAACACAAUGGCGGUGCAGAAAAACAAGGGCGAGGUGGGCGGCGAGAAUAAAGGUAGCACCACCGGCACUAGCAGCAGCGCCGGCGGCAGCAGCAGCAGCGGCGGCGGCGCAGCCUUCGUGAAGGUUAGCAUGGACGGCGCACCUUACCUGCGCAAGGUGGAUCUCAAGCUGUACAAGAGCUACCAGCAGCUUUCCGAUGCCCUUAGCAAAAUGUUCAGCUCCUUCACCUUUGAUAACUGCGGCGCAAAUGGGAUGAAGGAUUUUAUGAAUGAGAGCAAAUUGAUAGAUCUUCUUAAUGGGUCAGAGUACGUGCCAACCUAUGAAGACAAGGAUGGAGAUUGGAUGCUCGUGGGUGAUGUUCCAUGGGAGAUGUUCGUUGAUUCAUGCAAGCGCCUGCGCAUAAUGAAAGGCUCUGAGGCAAUUGGGCUAGGUGAGUAUAAGAAAUCGGGAUCUUAUUUUCCACUCGUUUAAAUUUUAACAUAAAUAAAAACUAUUUUUCACAAUUAACAUAUAAAUUUUUGUAUUUAAUAAGUAAUUUUUUAGAAGAAAGUUUAAUUUUCUUUAUGUAUAAACACAUAUACCCAUUUCUUGAGAAGUUUUUUGUCUAUGAAUCACAGCACCAAGGGCAGUGGAGAAGUGCAAGAGCAGAAGCUAAUAAAAGUUUGGGCACAUGCAUGCAUCUGGAUUACUGUGGGUUUGAUGAUAUAUAUAUAUAUAUGAAUGUGAAGUUGGAAAUUUAAUGGGCAAAGCUAGGAACAAUAACCCAUGUUGUUCAUCAUCAUGUGUAGCCUUUUUUUUUUUUUUUUGUCAUUAACUAUGAAUGGCUUGUUAAUUUAAUAAUAACCUCAUUGGGUGUA